AUGGGAGCGUGUCUCCUUAAUUCUUCGAGGCGGGGACCCACUAGUGUGGUUGCCAGCAGUGCGGGCGGCAGAGCAGGGGCGAGACGGGGAGUAGGAAUCCGGGGCUCCAGUUGUUUUCCCAGAGCCUCCUCCCAGGCAGGGGAGAUGCUCCAGUGCCUGCUUUUGGAAGGAGAGGAAGGGACAGACUCAGAAGAGAGAAAGGACAGUUCCAUAGAAGAUUCAAAAGAAAUCGUCACCCUGGCUUUUGUGAGAGAGAACACAAGGGCGCAAAAGGGGCUUCAGAAUGCCCAGCAGCAAGGCAAGAAGAAGAGGAAGAAAAAGAGAUGAUUGGUGAUCAAUCUGUCCAGCUGCCGAUACGAGAGUGUGCGUAGGGCUGCCCAACAGUAUGGCCUUCGAGAGGGAGGGGAGGAUGACGACUGGACCCUCUACUGGACCGACUACUCAGUGUCACUGGAGCGGGUGAUGGAAAUGAAAAGUUACCAGAAAAUCAAUCACUUCCCGGGGAUGACUGAAAUCUGCCGCAAGGACUUGCUGGCCAGGAAUAUGAGCCGCAUGUUAAAGAUGUUCCCAAAAGAGUUCCACUUCUGCCCUAGGACCUGGUGUCUUCCCGCUGACUGGGGAGAUUUGCAGAACUACAGCAGGUCAAGAAAAAACAAGACGUACAUCUGUAAGCCGGAUUCGGGCUGCCAAGGGAGAGGUAUAUUCAUCACCCGGACAGUGAAAGAAAUCAAACCAGGGGAGGAUAUGAUCUGUCAGCUCUAUAUCUCAAAGCCCUUUAUCAUUGACGGGUUCAAGUUUGACUUACGGAUAUAUGUACUCGUGACAUCCUGCGACCCUCUCAGGAUUUUUGUGUACAAUGAAGGGCUGGCACGCUUCGCCACCACCUCUUACUCCUGCCCCUGCACAGACAACCUGGAUGAUAUCUGCAUGCACCUGACUAAUUAUUCCAUUAAUAAGCACAGUUCCAAUUUCCUUCGGGACGCUCACUCUGGCAGCAAGAGGAAGCUCUCCACCUUCAACGUGUACAUGGAGAGUCACGGCUACAACAUGGGGCAGAUCUGGAGAGAUAUCGAGGAUGUCAUCAUCAAGACGAUCAUCUCAGCCCACCCCAUCAUCAAGCAUAACUACCACACCUGCUUCCCCAACCACACACUCAACAGCGCCUGCUUUGAAAUCCUGGGCUUCGACAUUUUGUUAGAUCACAAACUCAAGCCCUGGCUGCUGGAGGUCAACCACUCUCCGAGCUUCUCCACUGACUCCUGGUUGGAUAAAGAGGUAAAGGACAGUCUGUUGUAUGACACUUUGGUCCUGAUCAACCUGAGAAGCUGUGCCAAAAAGAAAGUCUUGGAGGAGGAGAGACAACGGGGGCGGUUCCUGAAGCAGUGUCAUUCUCGGGAGACCAGGAAGGAGGAAGUCAAAGGCUUUCAGGCCAUGCGUCUAGAGAAAACUGAGACGUAUGAACAGGAAAACUGUGGAGGCUUCCGCCUGAUUUAUCCCAGUGUGAAUUCGGAGAAGUAUGAGAAGUUUUUCCAGGACAACAACUCCCUCUUCCAGAAUACAGUUGCCUCCAGGGCUCGGGAGGUGUGUGCUCGGCAGCUGCUCCAGGAGCUGAGACGGAAACAGGAGAAAACAUCCUUCCAAAUGAAAGAGAAGAGGGUCGAAAUGCAGGGGGAGUCGGCAGGCGACCAAGCGAGAGGCAAGAGCGUGCCACGGAGCUGGCGACAGAAACAAAGGCAGACAUGCAAGACCGCCACCAGCCGGGCCUCCAAACAAUACCUCCAGCCAUUGACCUUAGUGUCCUGCACACCUGACUUGCUGUUGAGUGUCAGAGACACAAAGAAAAAUGAGACAGGCAGCAGCCUCGACCAGGAGGCCCUCACGGAGGAGGAUGGCCCUGCUCCCCGUAAGCCUACGUCUGCAAGGUCUUACAGCUCUGUACCUGACUUGAGGAAUUCAAGCCUUCUCAGCUGCUCCAGGCCAGAGCUCAGGAAACCCACCUCCAGAAUCAAGGAAGCCAAGUCCGCCUCUGCAGUGAACACCAUCACCAGCCGUGCGCCUCUAACGUCAGUAGAAACCUUCCCAGAAUCUGCCACCCAGGUCUCAGACACCCCCCAAUCUCUGCUAAGCAUGACCAUGACAACCAAUUCUGAGCGUAGUAGCCCAGAGAUGGACAGGGCGGCCUCUUUUAAAUGCAAGCAGCAGCAGAUGCCUUGGCACCUCAUCUGGGAAAAAAUAUCAAACAAUUCUCUGCCUGCAAAAUCCCAGAGCUUCUUAGGGUGUCUGAACCCAAGAUGGACUUUGCUAAAAAAUGACAUGAAGAAGCAGCAUUCUGUGUCAGAGCUGUCCACCAAGGUUCAACUGAGGGAGAAGCUGUCCCUGUUCCCAGCUCACUACAACUCAAAGCUGGUGCUGAGUGACCAGUCACGAAACCCCUCCCUGCCCCAGGAGUGCUACUUCCGCAGCUGAAGCUCUGGUGAGAAGAGGCAGCUGGACGUGCCCUCCCUCCUUCUUUUGCAGAAUUCUCACAGCCGUGAUGUUUCCCUGAAUGACAUGCUGGUGGUUGCCACUCCAGCCCAACUAGAUCCGAGGCCUGGCAGAAGCCAUACAGGUGCUGUAAGAGACCUGUGUAUACAGGAUCAGGAAGCAGAGAGUCACUGCCUGAUCUCUGGCCAAAGAGGAUGUGAGAGGAACUAG